AUGCGCGUGCUCUGUCUCCGUUUGUUCGUCCUCGCUGCUCUCUACGGAGUGCACGGCGCGGACGCUUCGUUGGACAAACCCGAUUCGUUUCGGUUUCGGGCUCUACGUGCGGAAGAGUCACGUGCUUCUUACGCAACCGACCACCACGUGGCUCCACCGAUGAAAGACGGCGAGUCGGGCGGGGAAGAGAGAGGCCAGAUAGGGCGGGGUCUCAAGCACCUUGGCGUGGAAACCGUGGCACUGUUUGGCUACAGAAAACAAGUGCCUCGAUAUGACGCCGACUUGAACAUGGAAAUGAUAGAAAAAUUCCAAAGUAAACGUGAGGAAGCGGCGCGACUGAAGGAAGCGGGGCAAAGUGAGGAAGCGGCGCUAAGUGAGGAAGCAGCGCUAAGCAAGGAAGCAGCGCUAAGCAAGGAAGCAGCGCUAAGUAAGGAAGCAGCGCUAAGUAAGGAAGGGGUGCUACGGAAGGAAGCGGAUCGACAGAAGGAAGCGGAUCGAGAGAGGGAAGCGGCGCUACGGAAGGAAGCAGAUCGACAGAAGGAAGCGGCGCUACGGAAGGAAGCGGCGCUAAGUGAGGAAGCAGCGCUAAGUAAGGAAGGGGUGCUACGGAAGGAAGCGGAUCGACGCAAGGAAGCGGAUCGACAUAGGGGAGCGGCGCGACAGAAGGAAGCGGAUCGAGAGAGGAAAGCGGCGCUACGGAAGGAAGCAGAUCGACAGAAGGAAGCGGCGCUACGGAAGGAAGCGGCGCUAAGUGAGGAAGCAGCGCUAAGUAAGGAAGGGGUGCUACGGAAGGAAGCGGAUCGACGCAAGGAAGCGGAUCGACAUAGGGGAGCGGCGCGACAGAAGGAAGCGGAUCGAGAGAGGAAAGCGGCGCUACGGAAGGAAGCAGAUCGACAGAAGGAAGCGGCGCUACGGAAGGAAGCGGCGCUAAGUGAGGAAGCAGCGCUAAGUAAGGAAGGGGUGCUACGGAAGGAAGCGGAUCGACAGAAGGAAGCGGCGCUACGGAAGGAAGCCGCUGCAGCUGGAGGUCUCGCACCAAAGAGCACGAAGAAGGACGCUAAUUUAGCUUACAUGAAAAGCUUGGAUUUGGAUAAAGCAAACGUGCUACCGAUGGAUGCAAGGGCGAAAGCAUCGCAACAGACUGCUGCAGCGCACAAUAAACCAAGUCGUAGAGACCGUGGGAUCUUCGUAUCAGUGAAGAACUUUUUUGCAGCUAUAAUGAAGAAGCUGCGCCGUGGGCUCGAAUCAGUGAAGAACAUUUUUCCAGGCACGACGAAGAAGCUGCGAAAUAGCAAGCAGCAAGAGCUGCGAGAUCGAGCUGACUAG